CUGCCGCCGGUAAGGGCGAGUACUUUCUUGACAUUACCGACAUAUAUGAUGGAUGGCGCUAUAUCCACACGAACGUGUGCGUGUGUGUGUGUGUAUAUAUAUAUAUAUAUAUAUAUACGACAGUUGAUGUUUAGCCGGUAUGGUUUACGAAUUUUCGAAUGGACGGGCGGUUUAUUGCGGAGCGCAUAUCUAAAUAGUUAACCGCAUCGUUUGAAAAUAACGUGAUAGUUUAAACUUUUGAGAAGAGAAAAUUAUGGAGGUAGAUGUGGAGUACAUUGAGAUUCUACAGAGUGACGUAAAACAACGGAGGCGAUUCUUGGUUAAACUAAUCGAAGACACAGUGCGCGACCUGUUGCAGAGUGUCGACAAGAACGAAUCGCCGAAAAUCCUCUUCGACGACGGAAGAAACUCGGGUUGGAGCAGCAACAGCAGCAGUAGCAUGUCCUCCGAAAGCGAAGGCUUCGGGACUUCCAGUAGCGGAUCGCGCGAGAAGACGUUGAAAUUUACCGCGAAUAAGUGUCGGCAAAAGUUUGCCCUAAUAAUGAGAGUUUUGGAGCAUGUUCACGGCAAUUUGGUGAACAACUUGGAUAACAACGAGAGCGAUUUUUACAGUACUAGAAGAUCGUUUUUUUAUACUUUGAAAAAUGAGGAUAUCAAGAGGUUCGUCAAGAGGGAGCAACAGGUCGAGUGGGCUAUUAACCAGGUUACCAUGAUGCUGGAGUGCGGUCCUUGGGAAAUUGGUUUUUACACAACGAGCAAAGGUUUGGUUGCCGGUGACUUGAGUCUUCACCUGAACGACGGUCGGUGCGUCAAUUACGAGCAACGCAAUUGUCUACCUGUGCCAGAUGUAGUUGCAAACGUGACUCGUAUUCGCACCAGUGCAGAUUUUGUCCUCGUCGUUGAGAAGGACUCCGUUUUUCAAAAGCUCCUGCAUGACGAACUGCCUGCUUCCAGCAGCUGUAUCCUCGUUACCGGCAAAGGAUAUCCCGACGUUCCUACCCGCAUGCUCGUAAAUUUGCUCUCGGAGAAAGUGAGGCUGCCGGUUUACGCACUCGUCGAUGCCAAUCCUUAUGGAUUUGAGAUUAUGUGCGUCUACAGAUUCGGAACAUUGAACAAUUCAGGUUUUAGAAAGCAACUGCUGUGUUCUGAGAUGCGUUGGCUAGGGGUACACCAAGAAGACUUGCGUCUGUACAAUAUUCCCAGAGUUAGGUUGACAAAAGGAGAUUACAAAAAAAUUGGAGAGUUAAUGGAUCGCAGUUACGUGGAUUCGGAUUUCUCGAAACACUUAAUGGAAAUGAAGCAAGGAAAAGCAGAAAUCGAAUCGGUCCAGCAACCGAAGAAGCGGUUUUUAGCCGACUUUUAUAUUCCUGAAAAAAUUCGAUUAAAAAACUACUACUGAUUCAGCGUGGAAUGGUCAGCUCAUUGUAUCAGCUUAUUGGCUAAUUUUAUGCAAGGUAUGUUUUAAAUAUAAUCAUAAAGUUAUAGUUACGGUAAAUUGCAUUAUACAAACGAAAAGGAAAUACAUGCUUAAUGAUACAAAAAA